UUUGCCAGACUGCAGUGCGCGGCUGGAGCUCCACAGGGCGAAGGGUGGAAUUGUUAGGCAUGCUUUUACUCAUCCAUUCCGGUGUAUCUCACGUAGAGUAACCGAACAUCGCCACCUCAGAUGCCGGGAAUAGACAUUUUUACCAAGGAUGGACAUGGCGACGCGGUGAUGAACGAGGUCCUCGAACGCACCACCCAGACAGACUAUGCCGCCUUAAUUUCUCCAUCUGAUUUGCACUCAUUUGUGUUCACGAAUGGCUGCGUUGUAGUCAUAUUGUUCGCCAAGUGAAGUUUGUGCGCUGAAACAUGGCAGGGUGUGCCUCGGAGCCGCUCUGUCAGCCGUGUGUCUAUCACGAGGAGGCGUUUAAAGUGGAGCUACAGGUGAAGAGACCCCUGGUGCCGCUCCAGCUGACUCCAGAACAGGUGGCUCUGGAGAUGCUGUGUCUCUGCGGGCAGCUGGACCUCCUCAUCAGGGCGCAGAUGCAGGAGUUCCAGGAGCAGUUAGGGCAAGGCUGUAACCCUGAGGAGUCAGACACGUUCCAGGCUCGAGGAUCGAAUAUUCUGGACCAGAUGCUGCAGUGCCUUGAACAUCUGCCUAAGCCAAUGCCACAGCUGGAGGACUACUUGGACAUGGUGGGUCUGUUGGCCAUGUUUCCACGUGUGGAGGUGUUCCUCAUUCAAGGCAGCCCUGUGGACAUGCUGGAGAAGCCACCGAUGGACGACUACUGGUCGCACAUCGGCAAACUGAAUCAGCUCCUGGUGCUGAGUCAGCAGCUGGAGGAGGACAUCCGCCACCUGGGAAGUCAUAAGUACAUCGCCCACCAGCUCUCUGUUCUAUACCAAGUAGUCAGCUCCUUCCGAGGAGUCCAGCUUUUCACGGAGACCAAGAAGGACAUUGAAGCCAACUUCAAGCACAUGAAGCAGUCUCUGGUGGGGGAGGACGGUUCCAGGCAUGAGCCUCAGCUGGCUGCUCAUUACAUCGACUGGAUACUGGAAGUCACUCACGGUUUGACGUCGGCGGUGUUGUCGUUACCGGACGAGCUGACGGACGACAUUCACCAGGCCGUGGCCUUCAUGUCCCAGUUUGCGUCUUGAUGUUGUGGACCACCUACAAAGGGACUAAGUUUUUGAUAAUUAAUGACACGGUGCUACGCCAUUGGACAGCGGGUUGAAAGACGCCAUGUAAUUGACAAAUGUACUAUAUAAUGCUUUGGCCUCAGUUAUGGAUGCUUUUUAUACCUCUAGUGUCACAAUACAUUUGAAUGCAAUAGGUGACGUGUGUCUGUUUUUUUUUUUACUUAUUUGAAACUUGAAUGCAGGAAAUGACAUCUACCGUAUUUUUCGGACUAUAAGUCGCAGUUUUUUUUCAUAGUUUGGCCGGGGGUGCGACUUAUACUCAGGAGCGACUUAUGUGUGAAAUGAUUAACACAUUAGCGUAAAAUAUCAAAUAAUAUUAUUGAUCUCAUUCACGUAAGAGACUAGACGUAUAAGAUUUCAUGGGAUUUAGCGAUUAGGAGUGACAGAUUGUUUGGUAAACGUAUAGCAUGUUCUAUAUGUUAUAGUUAUUUGAAUGACUCUUACCAUAAUAUGUUACGUUAACAUACCAGUUGGUUAUUUAUGCCUCAUAUAACGUACACUUAUUCAGCCUGUUGUUCACUAUUCUUUAUUUAUUUUAAAUUGCCUUUCAAAUGUCUAUUCUUGGUGUUGGCUUUUAUCAAAUAAAUUUCCCC